AUGGAGAAAGCAUUUCCUUAUCUGGGAAUGGUGGUUUCUCAGUUUGCUCAGGUGGGGCUUUUCAUUAUGAGCAAAGAAGCCAUCUUGAGUGGGAUGUCAACCUUCACCUUUGCUUUCUAUUCAAGUUCUAUUUCUUCAUUCAUCCUUCUUCCCUCUUCCUUUCUCCUCUACAGAUCAACCCGGCCUCCACUUUGCUGGGAUUUCUUCUGGUCCUGUUUUUUAGUUGGUCUACUUGGAUUGCUAAUGCAGGUAUUUGGUAUGACUGGGAUUUUAUAUGCCUCAGCAUCUCUUUCGACAGCUAUGCUCAACCUCAUUCCCGGAUUCACUUUUCUAUUUGCUGUUCUAUUCAGGAUGGAAGUACUGGACUUCAGAAGCUUCAGCAGCCUUGCCAAAACCAUUGGGACUGUUGUGGCAAUCUCAGGUGCUAUAGUUGCGACCUUUUAUGAAGGUCCUAUCUUACUGAUGAUCCCUUCAAGUCCGAAUCUAGCAGUUCAAUCUCUUAAUCCGUCGUCAAAUUGGGUCCUAGGAGGAAUCCUUCUAGGAAUUUGUUCCUUUUUAUCUUCCAUGUUUAUUAUAGCGCAGGCUUUUGUCCUUAAGAAGUAUCCUGUGGAGUUGAUCAUAAUGUUCUCUUAUAGCUGCUUUGUGGCUAUCCUUUCUGCAGCAGCUUCGCUAAUCAUAGACAAAGACUUCAGUACUUGGAGCCUGAAUUCUAAAACGAGGUUGCUUGCUGUUAUAUACGCGGGACUAUUUGGAAAUGUGUUCCAAGUCACCAUCGGCGCAUGGGUUGUACGCAAGAAGGGUCCUUUUUUUGCUGCAACAUUUCAUCCCCUCGGGAUUGUCAUUGCUACGACUGUGGGCGUGAUCUUCCUGCAUGACAUUUUUUACCUUGGAAGUUUGAUAGGCUCCGUAAUCAUUGUCAUUGGAUUUUAUGCUGUGAUGUGGGGAAAAAACAAAGAAAGGAAGCUGAUCGAUAACACUGUGGUCAGUUGCUUGGAAUCAGGAAACGAAAAAUCACCUCUCCUGGUGUAUACAAAAAAAGAAAAACUCCGGCUCAGGUUUCCUCUGAGUAAUUUCUUGCAGAAUUUUCUAGCUCGUUACGAAGUGCACUUGAGCCAGUUGACCCCCAACGCUAUCAGCAGGGUGCUUGGAUAUGAACUUCUGUGUAAGGCUUUGAAGUUGCAGACAUCUUUUGAAGAUUUCGCCUUCUUUUUCAGAUUUAUACGUAUCGGAGAUCGGUAUACUGUUUCGCACAGGGUGGGGGUUCCUGUCAUUGUCCGGGGUUUACCAAAUCGUGUAAAGGAAUGGAGAACACGAUUCUUUUACAUUGAUAGGAAGAUUGUCACCAGUUCUAUGGUGUGGCGUGAUAAGGAGAAACCUAUCAAAGACAUAAGCCUCGUGUCAGGGGGGAAUGAUCCGGCCAUUGUGGAGCUCGGGAAGCAUUCUGUCUUUGGUAGGAUCCUUCCAGAGGCUGCAUUGAUUCAUGCUGGGAUGAGUCACCUUGGGAAGAAGGAUAAAAAGCCAAAGCCCAAGCUUAUUGGUUCUGACUGGCUUGAGAAGGACUUGAUUUCCUUUUUAGAUGACAAAGGUCUCAACGCCAUUGGGGAUGAGACUAGAGCCGCUUGGAAAUGUAAGGCUUCUGCAAUAAAGCCUACUAAAAUACCUUCUGGGAAGAAGAGAAAAGCUUCUUUGCCUCUGAAUAGCCAGGAGGCUUUGCGUCAAGCUUUGGCAGCGGCCCAGGAGGAAGGAAAGGAGUAUGAGUUGCUGAUAGCAGAACUCAGCACGGAGUCUAAACAAACUAAAGGAAAGAUCGCAAAGUUAGAGAAGCAGGUAGCAGUUCUGAAGGAAAAUCAUUCUCGUUUAUUGUUGGAAGGGGUACCUUAUCUCCAAGAAGUUGUCAAGCCACUUAAGGAAAGUUGUCGUAAUUUUGAGCGUUCGGAGGCUGCUGAGUUUUAUCAUGGGGAGUAUUUUAGGGAUACAUCACUGCAGAAGAUGCCCAUGUACAACGCCGAUGCCAAGAUGUCUGUCAUGAUGGCUAAUUUGAGUUUUCUCAAGGCAACACAUGAAUUUCACCAAAGGUUUUCUUCCAAACCAGACAAUCCUGUUGCUGAACUACUGGAAAUUGUACCGAAGUCUUGUCACUCUGGAGGAGAUAAACAGCCAACAUUAAUCAAGGUUCCGUUUGAAGACAAUGAGGACAGUGAAGGUUCCACGUCAAGACAAUGA